AACGGAUCCAAAGCAUCCGCCGCAUCCUUGUAACUCCGAUGAAGAAGAUGAGUUGUCUGCAGAGUGGCCGACCACCACCGGAGGAAUCAGAUGGUUUUGAUUAUCCCGGCGGUAUUCCAGUGACGUACACUCACCACAGACUGAUGCAUUUUGACUGUGAAGGCAAGUAUCCUCAUUAUGCUUAUCCUCAAUUGGUGAAGCUUUAUGCUAAAUUAGGAGUUCACAGAUACAAUCUCUUGGAGGGAAAGAACCUAAAGUUCUGUAGGCUAAAGAGUUUCAACAUGAGGAUUAAUUGCGGUGCUUCCUCAUACUACAUCACUUUGGAUGCUCGUAGCGGUUUUCAGAAAUUCCCUUUUCAGGUUCUCGUUAAUGAAAGGAGGAUUGGCUGUUUAGAUUUGGCUGUGUCUAUCGCUAGACCUCGCGUGAGUCCAAGGCCGUACCUGCGUAGACAUUGUGAACCAAUGCGUCUUGAUACAGUAAUCAACCCAUUACCUGAUUGGCCACUUGCUUUUAGUGAUGCUAAACGGUUUUACAUGGUGAAUGAAUCUGAGUUGCAAAACAAUGGUUGGAUUUCACUUUAUUUGGAACUUGCACUCGUUAGUCACGUAAGGGAUCUUACUGAUCAUUAUCUGGCCCAGUUGGAGAUUGUGCAGGUAGCUGUAGAGACUCUUGAUGAUGUGAAGCCCCCAACACUUGACUCCAAAGACGUGGUUAUUUACAUAGCGUAUAGAGACUUUGCCAAAGCUGAGACUGGCGAGCCAUGUGAUAGCAAAGCUAUAGUCAGACGAGUUUUCAAUGAAUCUACUGGAGGUUUGAAGUUCAUGGGUAAGUACUGGAGUGAAGAGAAGAAAACUUUGAGUACUGAGACUGAGACGGCUUCUGGUGUUGAAGUAACUGAGAAAGGUUCCAUGCAUCUCUCGGAUGGUAGAAAAACUGAGAAACGUUGCAAGAAGAAGAAGAAACGUUUAGGUGUCCACAGGCUGUGGCGUUUAUCUGAUCCCAUGUGUCAUCAGGCAUUCAAAAGCCGUGCUUCUGCUCCCCGUCGUCAGUGAUGAUUCGCCAUUUAUCAAGCAGGUCUGAUGAUAUAAUGAAAAUGUAGAUCUGAUGGAGUUAACUAUUAAUUAAUGAUCGACUAUGUCAUUUUGUAGUAGGUGCAUUUGUCUUCUUUGAUGACGUGACUUACUAAAAUAUCACUGCAUUAUUAUUUAUAGAUAUACAAUGCUCAUCGGUCUGCUUCA